AUGUCAAAUCCGCAUGUUUAUUGUUUAUGUUUCAAGAAAACAGAAAAUGGUUAUUUUGUAAUUUUGAAUACGGUAAAUGCUUACCUAUUGUAUUAGUUUAAAGUUUCGUGAAUUUAAACUAUGGAUAUCAAACAAGAACAUAGUCGGGAACUAACAUGCGUAUUAUUCCCUGGCAUUGUUAAAAACGAAGAAAAAGCAGUUCAAUGUUUGGGUGGAAUAAAAACUAUUUCUCAGAUAUGUGCACAACCAUCCAAAAAGCAACUUGCGUUGUCUUUUCACCCAGACAAUCCUUUUAUGAAGCCAGCAAAUGCCGAUGCUAAACCAACAGCAGGGGUACUACUUAAAGUUAAGGUCAAGAAGACUCGGGAUAAGGGAAAUACAAUAAAAACUGAAGUUGUAGACACAUCUGUACUGGGUCAUGUGAAGAAAAUAUAUAAAUUCGACACCAUUUGUGAUUUUCAAUUUUUACCAUUAAAAAAUACAAACACUGGUAAACCUGAAUGUGCAUUGGAAGAUAUAAUACCAUCAGGGCUAGAUGAUUUGAAGUUUAUGGAACAACCUGCACCACUAUACAUUGUCCCGGGAAAUUUCAUAAGAUUUGACAAGCCCAUCAACUACUAUUACACUGACAAAAGGAGCUAUGUGGCUAAAAAUGAUGAUCUUCCUGAUGACAAGGAUGAAGUACACAAAAUGAGGACAGAGAGAGGAGUGCCAAUACCAAAAUAUCAAUUUAAUUUAACAGAUGAACUGCCAACGGAACCUCAUGAGUAUUUUAUGGAUAUCAAAAAUAGUAAGAUCGUUGGAAAUCAACAGCUAGAACAAGAAUUUGAGAUGGUGAAAAAGAUGUUUGAAGAGCGCCCAAUAUGGUCUUACAAUCAUAUAAAACAUCACACCAAAAUAAAAUUGGCUUCAUUGAAAAUUAUCUUGCCAUGCUUGGGAUUGCACAACAGAACUGGGCCAUGGAAAAUGUCGUGGGUGAGAUUUGGUUACGACCCACGAAAGGAGCCACAAGCCAGAUACUACCAGACUCUUGAUUUUAGGCUGAGACAUGCAGUAACAUACGAUCAAGUGACAUCAAGAAGGGAACGUAGUUUCAAGAAAGUGCCGUUAGACGAAUCUUCUACAGAAGAGCACAUACCGGAAGGUUCUGUGUACUUCAAGCCUUUUACGAUACCUCCACAACGCCAGAUUUAUUAUAUGUACUGCGACAUACAAGUACCCGAGGUUCAAGAGAUACUAUCCGUAGAGCCUCCAACAGGCUACCUCUGCCACGCCAAGCGCGGUUGGCUCGCGCCCGACGCCGCCCAAAAGUGUCGCGACAUCAUAUUCAAUUAUAUUAAACAGGCUGUACUGGAAAAUAAGUCUGCGGAACUUAAACUUGAGCAAGGGAGCAGUGGUGAUGAAAUGGACACAGAUGAUGAGGAAGCAAGUGGAACAGCUGAUACUUCUGUUGCCGAAAUAGACUGAUUGUACAGAAAUAUACGAGGUUUUUGAGUAAAUGC